CGGCCAGCGGCCGGCGGCGCCCGGUGCCGGGGGCCUCUCCCCGGGCCCUCUGAGGGGCUGGGCCGGGGCCGAGGGCCCGGCGGUGAGGCGCCGAGCGGCCCCGGGGCUGGAGGGGAGGGUAAGGGAGGGGUGGGUGCGCCGGCUCGGGAGGCCACCAUGGCCACCCGGCGCCUGACGGACGCGUUCUUGUUGUUGCGGAACAAGGCGGUGCAGAGCCGGCAGCUGCUGGCCGAGCAAGUGAGUAGUUACGGCUCCUCCAGCCCUCUGAGUUCACGUAGCAUGGCUGCUGCGGAGUUGGAUGAGCUUGCUGAUGAUCGUAUGGCACUGGUAUCAGGAAUAAGUCUAGAUCCUGAGGCAGCAAUUGGAGUAACGAAACGCUUACCUCCCAAAUGGGUGGAUGGAGCAGAUGAAAUUCAGUAUGAUAUUGCCAGGGUUAAACAGAAGAUGAAAGAAUUAGCCAGUCUUCAUGAUAAACAUCUAAACAGACCAACACUGGAUGACAGCAGUGAAGAAGAACGUGCAAUAGAAAUAACAACCCAAGAGAUCACACAGUUAUUUCACAGGUGUCAGAGAGCAGUCCAGGUCUUGCAGAGCAAGUCACGUAGUUGUACAGAACAAGAAGCACGUGUUCUCAGGAAUGUAGUGUCUUCCCUAGCACAGUCCCUUCAGGACCUAUCCACCAACUUCAGGCAUGCACAGUCUGACUAUCUCAAACGCAUGAAGAAUAGAGAGGAAAGAUCCAAACACUUCUUUGACACUUCAGUUCCACUGAUGGAUGAUGGAGAGGAUGAUACGCUUUAUGACAGAGGUUUUACAGAUGACCAGCUAGCAUUGGUGGAGCAGAACACGUUACUGGUGGAAGAGCGGGAAAGAGAAAUCCGCCAGAUUGUACAGUCAAUCUCCGAUCUCAAUGAAAUAUUUAGGGACCUGGGAGCAAUGAUAGUAGAACAGGGAACAGUUCUAGAUAGAAUUGACUACAACGUUGAACAGUCAUGUAUCAAAACUGAAGAGGGUUUAAAACAGCUACAUAAGGCAGAGCAAUAUCAAAAGAAGAAUCGGAAGAUGCUUGUUAUUUUAAUUUUGUUUGUUAUAGUAAUUGUCCUUAUUGUUGUUCUUAUUGGUGUAAAGUCACACUAGGUUUCACUUAAUUUUCUUAUUUUUGGAGUUUAUGUGAACUUUUUUCCCCAAUGUGAAUGGAUGGAUCUGCACUCCAGAAAGCUGCCUUUGAAUGUAUAAGCCCUUGUGGUACAAAGUCUGUGCAAUGUUUCUGUAGAAUUCUUCAGAGUACAAGUUUGGCAACUGGUGAAGUGUUUGUUUUAAAAUAUAUAUAUAUAUAUAGUCCGGAAAUUUGAUGGUUCCAAAUGGAUAAUUUGGUUCUUUGUCCAGGGGUAUUUGGAAACACGUUACUUAAAUACUUACAAAAUUGAAGUUUACCAGUGAGUACAGUAAUUCCUUUGUUACUGUGAACAAUAAUGCAUUGUCUUCUGUAUUAUGUUGCAAUUGUUAUAGGCUUCAAAUUUAAACUGUGUUACCGAGUCAUGGGACUAGAUAACAGAAAUUGAUCUAGAUGUAAAAUAUGUUGAGGCAUAAAAAUGUUUGACUUAAUUUCUUUUCUUCCAGACUCAGACUCCAAGGAAUUAGGUGAAAAAGAAGGCGUUUAACAACCAGAACCUAAUCCAAUCCCUCUGAUCUUAAUUUAGAUAUUGCAUCAUCACUAAGAAUCAGAAAGCUAUGUAAUCUUGUAAAUAAUAAGAUUUAAUCACUGGCAUAAUUUAACACAAUUACUUUUUUUUUUCUGAGCUUGAGUAAUCGUGGGAAUGUUUUCCCUCACUAUAGAAUGAUCAUUGUAUAUACAUGUACAUUUUUUUAAAAGUACAACCAUUACACUAAAGAUGUGAUGAAGUUAAAACUAAAAAGUAGAGAUUCUCCAUUUGGCUUUCUACACAAUCUGGCCUGCUAUAGUGGUCUUGGAUGUUUCAUACUUUAGUUGUUGUGUAAGAUGUUUAUUUUACAGUGCAUCUGUCCAAAUGUUAGUUUUUUAUAUAAAAGUGAUUUCACUACAGUAUACAUUACAUCCAUUUUCCCCUGACAGAAGAUUAUUUUUUUCAAAUGCCUGCCUAGAAAAGGACGUGUUUAUGGUCUUUUAUUGACCAUGAUAGAUGUCAUACAAGUGACAUGUACUAGGCCUUCAGUAGAGAAUUUUCCUUUUUUCCACUAUUUUUUUUUGCAGUGGAAAACUUUUGCUGUAGGCCAUAAAAGCAAAAUUAGAGAAACAUCUAAGUAAUAGAGUAUUCAUGUUUUAAUUCAGGCCUGAAGUGGUGUGCAAUUGUAGAGGCCUUGCCUUAAUAUUUUUAAUAUGGCUUUUCUGUAUGUACUUUUCCCCAAAGGGACUGUAACUUAUAUUUCCUUCAUUUCUGAUUGAUGCUGUGCUCCCCGUAAAGCUGCAUAGAUGUUCUGCUCAAAUCCCCUGAAGUGCAGUUUAAUAAUAUUAUGAUUUUAAUGUUGCACAUGUGAGACAGGAUUCCUCUACCUGCACUGAACUUGUCUCUUCCAUGUACUAAGGAGGACCUAAGAUGUGGGUUUACACUGACUCAGUGCAGGAAUGAGCCUGAAAGAAAAGACUAGAAAGAAAUGAAAGCUGCGGCUUUUGGGCUUAUUGUGAAAAGCUUUGUACCACUCCUGUUACCUCUAGACAAAGGGGAUGUUGAACUUCCAAAACCGCCAGUUCAAGCCCUUGGUUAAAUUCAUAAAAUAAAUCCGUAAAAGAAAGAACGAUGCUUUUAGGUGGGCGUGCAGUUCCCCUGUUCUGGUAAUAGAUCUUUUCAAUGAUCGUGAGUAAAACUACUGUCUCCCUAGUGUGCUGUCUACAUCAGUUGGUGUGAAGCAGCAUAUUGCUAUAAUUUAAUAUACUGUAUUUGCAACUUUCUAACAUGAGAUCGUGUUAUUUAUUUCUGUCUUGACUGGUGCUUUUGACAUUUUAUCAUGGCUAAUGAAUUCAGAGAAGUAAUAAAACACUUCCAACCUUAUUGGUCAAUUACUCUUUUUUUUUUAAUAGCAUAACCUGAAGCAAAUAUUUGUGAUGUUAAUGUCUCAUAAAUUUUUUUGAAAUUAAAUAAAAGCAGCAGUGACAUGAAAUACCUGUUUUUUUAAAAACUUUAUGUAGCACUAUGUAAUUUAUAUUGUCAAAACAGUGACUUUUUUUUCUCCUGUAGUUGCCAUUAAAAUGACAGUGAUAUUUUAACUCCACUAAGGUAAAUGGCUAUGUAUUUCCUAUCCAAAUUCUGUAAAGGAAACACACUUUCUUAAUAUGCACUGCACAAGAGGUUGAGCUCUGAUGCGAAUUGUCCUGUGUAACUUGAGCUAGAAUUUGAGGCUGAAUAUUAAAAAAAAAAAAAAAAAAGCAAAACAAGCUUCUAGACUUCUGAAUCACUUUGGAUGUCUAAUUUAUUACAAUUCAGUCUAAACUAUUGAUUAACUAAAACAUAAACCCUUAUGCAAUGCUUUGGAAGAGUAUCUUUCUAUGGAGUGUUAUAGAAGGGGUAGCCUCAGUGCCCAAAAAAGUCACUGCACAUGAGGAGAAUCGUGGCUUCAACAGUGGCUGCUACCUACUCAGGUGUUACAGGAGCAAAAGCUGCUUGAACCAAGUGACUGCUUCUGUCCAGCCCUGUAAUCACCUCUGCGUGCAUCACAGGGUUCUGCGGACUGUGACCUCUUCAUGGUUGCUGGAUUCUUCUGAGCUUGUACUGAGCCUCUGCCUGACUGCUUACCGAACGCCACGGGGAACUGCACGAUGUUGCUAGAGCAUCUCCCAAGAACCUGUGGUUCCCCACUUGGUCUGAAUGACUUAUAAAGCUGUUUGCUUGUACAGACUUUCUCCAUUAAAAUGUAUGCAAGCAUACAA